ACUGUCAUUCAAUAAAAAAUACAAGCGAGUUGUGCCAAGCGCUUUCACUCAACAAGUGCUCAGUAGACGGCAAGAGAGAGAGAGAGAGAGACAGAGAGAGAGAGAGAGAACAAGAAAUAGAGGUGGGGGUGCAGACAGUCCCAGAAGUGAUGGAACACUCAAGGCAGACUGAGUUCACCUCCAACGACGGACAAGGCACGAGAGACACCACUUUGGUGGUCAACGGACACUUUGACGGAGUAGUCAAAAAGCCGUCCGCUGCUCUCCAGAGUCCGGCCACAGAGUCCGUGUCGCAUCGGUCGGCAGCCUCGGUGUCGGAGAGCUGGAAGGAGGAGCACGCCAGGAGCGUGGAGGAUAACGAGGUUAGCCUCCCGUCACUGGCCGCAGCUUACACCACCAUCUUACGCGGGCUUGGAGAAGACCCACAUCGGCAAGGGCUCGCCAAAACUCCCUGGAGAGCCGCCACCGCCAUGCAGUUCUUCACCAAGGGCUACCAGGAGACUAUCAUCGAUGUGCUGAAUGAUGCCAUCUUUGAUGAGGAUCACGAUGAGAUGGUGAUCGUGAAAGACAUCGACGUGUUCUCCAUGUGCGAACAUCACCUGGUGCCCAUCAUUGGCAGGGUUCACAUCGGUUACCUCCCCAACAAGCGAGUUUUGGGCCUCAGCAAGCUGGCCAGGAUUGUGGAGAUCUACAGCCGCAGACUACAAGUUCAAGAGAGGCUGACCAAGCAAAUUGCCGUGGCCAUCACUGAAGCCCUGCACCCCACCGGGGUCGGUGUUAUCAUGGAAGCUACUCACAUGUGUAUGGUGAUGCGAGGCGUCCAAAAGAUGAACAGCAAGACCAUCACCAGCACCAUGUUGGGAGUCUUCAGGGAAGACCCCAAAACUCGCGACGAGUUUCUGACGCUGGUCAGGAGCUAAAGUUCCUCCUUCACUUGUUGCCAGGGGUUAGCUCCAUUUGCACGGACCAGCUAAUGUGCAACCUCUGUGUGUGCGCGCGCGUGUGUGUUUAUGUUACCAACCAGAGGAAGUAAAACAUUCCACUUACCGUACUUCACAUGAUCAGACAUACUGUGUCUGCCUCAAACUCCACUUCAGAUGCUUGGAAUUAACCAGUCCGAAUAAUUCUCAAGAAGUUGGUUGCUAAUCAUAUUUUUUAACAGAUCUAAUUUAUAAAAAUGAAGUAUGUGUAUCCAGUAUGAUGACAUUUCUUGAAAAUACAAUAUGAAUAUUGUAUCCAUCCAUUUUCUAUAGUGCUCGUCCUCUGAGCUGGAGCGGAGAGUCGGGGUGCACCCUGGACUGGUUGUCAGUCAUUUGCAUAUUCUGCAACGUCGUUCAGCCCACAUUGUGAAAACAACUGUGAAUGCUUGUUUUGUCUGAUUGUGCCCGGCGAUUGGCCAGUGACCACUCCAGGGUGUACCGCACCUCAAAGUCACCUGUGAGGUGACCCCAAUGAGGUCAAGCAGUAUCAAAAGCGGGUUGGUCAGAUGGACUUCAUAGGACAGCAUGUUUGUUUGUUGAAUUGAACACUGUUAAGUGCCCACCGGGUUGAAUGCGUCUGGUCAGUCAGCUUGGACAGACUUGCGCUCCGUCGCGUAGAAACAUUCCUUUGAGAUUUUUUGAAAGGAAGGAAUAUAUUCUUCUCAUUCAUGCUCAUUUUUAUUCUCUCAUGGAAGGUUGUGUCUGUAUGUGCCAACUUGCCUCAAUCAUGUGUCGCUGAUUGUGAUAUACAGUGAGCUCAUAAUCAAAAGUAAAUGUAUGUGUGUGUGUUCUUGUGCCAGAACGUGUCAAUGUUAUGUCUGGUGAGUUGUUACAAGUUGAAUUGUGUAUUGCAUUUGGUUCCCGAAUGCAUCCUUAUGUGGCUAUUGUGUUGUAUGUUUGGAAUUGUGAGCGUGGCUCAUUUUUGUGAGGCCUUGCAGAGGGGAAAAGCCAAUUCUGUGGCUACUUCAUUAUUAUUAUUGUCACUUUAGGUAUGUGUUUAUUUGGACUUCUUGAUUGAAAAUGAUACAUUCUUGUGACAGUAAUAACAGUGAGAAGAAGUUCUUGUCUUUCCCUCAGGCUGGUGCGAUGUUGUGGAAUUCUCUAUGAAGCCAACAGGUUCACUACAAAUGAACAUCAGUAAAUGUUCAUCCGGUGCAGAAAGACAAAUUCUAUCUGUCUGUCUUGAAAUCAACAUGAUUUGGUCAUUCUGGUAUGGAGGAUAGUUUGGACGAGCUUUGAACACAUCUUUUGCAGGAUCGUGUAAAAUCUAGUGCUAAAACAAUUCCGUUUGACUGCAAGUCAAUUGGACACCAAAACGAUAUUUGCCUUGUAAGCAAUACAAUAAGCGACAAAAACAACAAAGCGUCCAUGAAAAUUUCUGACAUGUUCAAGACUCGUAUGGAACUGAGGCCAAGGAAGGGGCCGUCCGGCUUUUACACUUGCAAUCUGUCCACAAGUAUUUGGGAAGUGACCGCUGCCUUUUUGUGUCUGCACCAGUGACUCGUGACUAUUGUGCUGUGGGAAAUGAAUAAAAAUGAAAAUAUUUCUUUGUUACAAAUAA